UCAUUGCAUGAUUUGCAUGAAAGCUUGUAUAAAUAAGCACCCAACAGUCUCUCCUAAACAUCUCAAGAGAUAAAAAGUGAUCUAGAUAAAACAUGGAGUUAAUCAAACUGCUCCCUUUUGUAUUUCUAUUCACAAUAUUUGCUUACCAUGCUAAGCUGGUAUUAGGAGAGAGAUCAAGCUACAUUGUCCACAUGGACAAAUCCUUGAUGCCCAAAGUUUUCCCAACACACAACCAUUGGUAUUCUUUCACCAUCAACUCCCUCAAAGCUUCACUUGAUCAUCAUCACCAUCAGAAGCCACUAAAACUAGUCUACACCUACGACAAUGCAUUCCAUGGAUUCAGCGCCGUGAUGUCCAAAGACGAAGUCGAAGCCCUCAAGAGAACUCCGGGCUUCGUCUCUGCCUACAGCGACAGGAACGUCACAGUCGACACCACUCACACGUUCGAAUUCCUCUCUCUCAAUCCCUCCACAGGUCUAUGGCCGGCUUCCGAAUACGGGAAAGACGUGAUCGUGGGCGUCAUCGACACCGGCGUCUGGCCGGAAAGCCCCAGCUACAGAGACGACGGAAUGUCGGAAGUUCCGGAUAGAUGGAAGGGGACGUGCGAGGCUGGGCAGGAAUUCAACUCCUCCUUGUGUAACAAAAAGCUCAUCGGGGUCAGAUACUUCAACAAGGGCGUCAUCGCCGCGAACCCGAACGUCACCAUCAGCAUGAACUCCGGAAGAGACACGGAAGGGCACGGCACGCACACCUCGUCCACGGCUGCUGGAAACUACGUGGAAGGGGCUUCGUUUUUCGGGUACGCUGCCGGCACCGCGAGAGGCAUUGCUCCCCGCGCGCAUGUGGCCAUGUAUAAGGUUCUCUGGGAUGAAGGGCGGUAUGCCUCCGACGUUCUUGCCGGUAUGGAUCAGGCCGUUGCCGACGGAGUUGAUGUGAUUUCCAUCUCCAUGGGAUUCGACGAUGUUCCACUCUACGAGGACCCCAUCGCCAUAGCUUCUUUCGGAGCCAUGGAGAAGGGCGUGGUAGUCUCGUCUUCAGCUGGGAAUGAGGCAACUAUUGGGAGCUUGCAUAAUGGGAUUCCGUGGGUGUUGACUGUUGCAGCUGGCUCGGUUGAUCGUUUCUUCGCCGGAGGUCUCACUUUGGGGAAUGGACAAAAGAUUUCCGGCUGGACGACUUUUCCGGCGCCGGCUCUUGCCCAAGAUUUGCCUCUUAUUUAUAGGAAGAAUAUAUCUUCUUGCAAUUCAACACAAGCUUUGUCAAUAGUUGGGUACGCCAUAGUCAUAUGCGAGAAUGGCAACGUUUUCAACCAAAUGGAUUUCAUCUCCAAGUCAAACGCCGCCGCUGCAAUCUACAUCUCCGACGACACCGAAAUAUUCGAGUUCAGCGACUUCCCCUACCCCGGCGUCGUCGUAGGCACCAAGUACGCCCAAACUCUGAUAGACUACGCCACCAAAGUCGGCGGCGGCGGGUUUGCAACCAUCAAUUUCCAGCAGACGUUGGUCGGAGCGAAGCCUGCUCCGGUGGUCGCGUCAUACACUUCACGGGGCCCCGCGCCGAGCUACCCGGGCGUGUUGAAGCCGGACUUGAUGGCGCCGGGAACUCUGGUGUUAGCAUCUUGGAUUCCAAAUACUAUAACAGCAUCUAUUUCGUCCAACAUUGGCUUGACAAGUGACUUCAUCCUGGCUUCGGGGACAUCCAUGGCGUGCCCUCACGCCUCCGGCGUGGCCGCGCUCCUCAAGGGCGCACACCCUGAGUGGAGCCCGGCAGCGGUCCGUUCGGCCAUGAUGACCACCGCGAACCCUAUGGACAACACGCAGGGAUACAUUCGGGACUCGUUCUUCGAUUAUGAGGUCGCCACUCCACUAGCGAUGGGCGCGGGGCAGGUGGACCCGAACCGUGCCGCGGACCCGGGCCUUAUUUACGACGCGACGCCGCAAGACUAUGUGAAUCUUCUCUGCUCCAUGAACUACACGCAGAAGCAGAUCAUGACCAUCACCAGAUCCUCCUAUGCUUGCACCCCGUCUUCCGACUUGAACUACCCAUCCUUCAUCACCUUGUAUCCCAACAGCACCACCAAGCUCGGUGUAGUUCAGGAGUUUAAACGGACGGUGACGAAUGUGGGAGGCGAGGCGACGUCGUAUAAGGUCAAAGUGAAUGCUCCGAGUGGGUCCGCGGUGACGGUGUCCCCGACUACGCUUCAAUUUGGGAACAGAUAUGAAAAGCAGAGUUAUUCAUUGAAGAUCGCAUAUACGGGAAACAUGACUUCUGGAGUAGUGUCGUUCGGUUCAUUAAGCUGGAUUGAAGAAAAUGGAGGCCACACUGUGAGAAGUCCCAUUGUGGUGGCUCCCAUGAUUCCGGUUUGGUGAUUCAUUGUUUCUUUACAUGCAUGCACAACUUCCUUAAAUUGUUGUCUUUGAUUCUCAAGAUUCAGGGGCCGGCCUUUCAACUACUUAGUAAUCAAUAAUUAAUGAUUGUAUCAAGUAUAA